AUGGACAAGCCUGCGGAUUUGCGUCUAUCGAGUGGUGAAGAUCUUGAGCCUCAGCCUAAGCCUACACGGCCCGCUACAGUAUUGAGUACCGUUAUACCACCGUCCGGUAGCACGUCUCAACACGCCACCAUGGACUCUAACAGGACUAUCCAUGAAGCUGGAGGGACCUUCUAUGCUGGGCCUCCAAAUGAUGACCCAAGGGUCACUUCGCAGUCAAGUCCUAAUAUCGAGCACAAGGCCAAGAGCCCGACUCUGGAAGAUACUUACUCUACCUACCGCGCCAUCAUUGGCUCCGAUGGGUCGUGGAUCCACGACACUAACUACUCUGAUUACACGGAAGGUGCGUCUGACGUAACUCGUAUCCUCGUAGGCGCCACGAAGAUGGUAGCCGGAUUCCCUGCAUCGUCGGCGUUGGACAACCCUGCCUCUGUGGUGAUAUUGGCAUUUAAAAUGCAAGCUUGGUACCCUCAACUACACCGAUGGUAUGGUUCAUUGAAGGGUCUUUAUGACGGCUUUCCUGACAUCGCGUCUUUUCUGGAUCAAUAUGACAUUACUGAAGGACUUCGGCAACUCGCCAGGUUGGUCGCUAAUGAAGGUUGGGGCCCAACCGUAAUGGCUGCUCUGAUCUGCGAACACGCAUGCCGCAAACCUGAGUCGUCGAGGAGCCGAUCGAUCGCGUUUACUCUAUACUCCCUCCUAUCGGCGGAUAACGAAGACGAAUUGGUCCAGGGUUUGAGGAAAUCAGCAUCCCCCGCCGACCAAGUCCGGUAUGUGAGCAUCCAGGACAUGUCCAGUAUCAGGAGCAAGCACUAUGCGAGGAUCCUAAGUGUUGACGAGCGCGAUGGCCCGAUGUGGAAACUAUGCCUACAUACCUCCCUCGCCUCACUGCAAGCUGCGGAAUACACUCCCCUUAAUGUCGAAGAUCUACGUUAUCGCUGGUCAUCUAUCUCACAGAAGAAAGAUGAGUACAUCGUGGACUACGCGGCGCGAGAGUCGGCUAAGUAUGAGAACUAUGCCAAAGCUCUGAUGCACCUGGGCAUAACAGCCCCUUCUCCCUACGAAAGAUUGGUCUCUUUCGCCUCACGACUUCAACCAAACAUGAAGACUCUCCUAGGUAAGCAUAUGCGAUCCAAAGACCUGACCCUGUAUGCCUCUGAUUAUGAUUACAUCUGCCGCACUCUGAUUAAAUUGGAGAAGACCUACUAUGUGACCUAUGAAUUCGAGACGCAUGGUAUCAAGACGACACGCAAACCCGAUGACUGGAUUCCGGUUAUCCAAACCACCAAGCCUCUCUCUGGUGCAUCAGAUGGCCCAUAUAAAGGCAAACCUAAGCAUGACUGUCCUCAUUGUGGAAAAAAGGGAGUUCGCCAUCCGCCUGACCUAUGUUACUCUAAUCCCUCUGGGAAAACUAUGGACGGCCACAAAGACAAGGCUACUGAUACCUCUAGGAAUGCUGCUUCUCGCACUAUCUCUGCGGCGCAAAGCUCUGCCGUUCCACAACCCGAAACUGCGGUGCCUCAGUUCAUGGUUUUGCACUCCGGAAGCAAUAUGUCGGUUGAGGACAAACUCCAUGUGCCGUGUGCCUCCGUUUGGUUGCUGAAAGCGAGAGGAUGCAAAGUUGUCAUGGGCAUCGACUCCUCCUCUGAAGUUACUAUGGUGGAUCGAAAAGUGGUGUCAACUCUCGCUAGUCCUGGCGCAUCCCUAGAAACUAGAGAAGGACGAGAUAAGGCAAACUGA